GAAAAUUUUAUGAUUGAAUGAUGAAUCCAGCCAAUAUUAUGGGUGAUAAUAAUAAUAAGUUUUAUGUUGUUUAAUAAUUAAAAAAGAAAAACAAUAACAAGAAAUAAUAAUUAUGUUUAGACUAUUUUUAUAUAAGAUGUGGAAGAAUGGGGUAGAAAAAUCAGCAAAAUAAUUUUUAAAAGAUGAAAAAUAAAAAAAAGAGCAAAGUGAGAUAAAAAAGUGUUAAAGGAGAGUAUAGAUUUGGAAAGGUAUUAUAGUUGAGGGGAUCAAAAAGUAUUAGAGAGAUUGGAAAAACUAGGAGAAAAGUAGAAUGAA